ACUCUGUCUCAAUGCUGUGGUUCAACAAAUCAGCUGAAUCAGUCUUCUUUCUCCACAUCUUAACUCUCUGUGUCUUUUGCCAGUCUAUUUUGUGGUAUGAAGGUGUUUAGCUGAAAAGUAAUUGUAACUCAAAGUGUCCCAAUAUGAUAAAAAGGAAGCAGGGGAAGGAAGACGUUCCACUUCUGCUUUCCACUGACCAAAAAAAGAAAAAAAAAACGCCCCAGGGAUGUACAGAGUGAGUUCUUGCUCCUGUCCUCAGACUGUACUCUACAAUUUCAUGACUUACUGGCUGAUUUAAACUAUGGGAAGGUGGAUUAUCAUUAUUCUGGGAUUAAUUCCAGGUGUCUGGAGUGGAAGAUGGGGAGUGACCUAUGAAAACCAGUGCGCUUUAAGAGGGACGUCAGUAGAUUUGAAGUGCAAGUACGGCUAUACUUCAGGGAAUUUGGUCACCAGGGUCAGCUGGUCUAAAGCCCAGCAGGUCUCUAAUGGAUGGGUUCAGGUUCCCCUCUCACAACUCCCUUCAUUGCCAAACCACUUUACAUACAUUGGCAAUUACCAUGGCAACUGCGACCUGAGGAUCAAUAAUGUUCAGCCUUCAGAUCAAGGAGCAUAUUAUUUCAAAUUUGCCGGAACAUUUGGGGGAUGGACAAGUGACACAUACGCUUUCUUGACUGUGAGAGAGCUGACUACAGUGGUGGAGCCGAGCGUUGCCAGGGAGGGGGACGCUGUCAAGAUGACCUGCAUGUCGGGCUGUCCUGAAACUAAAAAGAUCAGCUGGUUCAAAGAUGGGCGACUUGUUUGGAGGCCACAGUUCCAGGCCAGGAGAGAGGAUGCUGGGAGCUACUACUGUGCCAUCCAGGGAGAGAAGAUGGUCCGGUCGGCCUCUGUUGCUCUGACUGUUCACUAUCAGCCGACGAAUGUUUCAGUUUCAGUGAAUCCAGAGCAUAUUGUUGCGGGCAGCGGCGUCAAUCUAACCUGCGUCAGCGAUGCGAACCCUGCAGCAGACAACUACACCUGGUACAAAAGGACAGAACCGACCGGCUCCCACUCCCAGGUCCAUGUGGGCUCAGGACAGGUGCUGUCCCUUCACUCCAUGGAGUCGUCCCACAGCGGCCUCUAUGUCUGCUAUGUGAGGAACAGCCUUGGAGAGGGCAACUCAACCGAGGUGGUCCUGGCCAUGGCAGCAGGGCAGAAUGGCAGCCAGUCCCUUCCCAUCUUAGCUGGAGUUGGACUACUUCUUUUAGUGGCAUUAGUUGUCGUGCUGCUUUUGUUCUGGAGGAAACAGAAGUCUGAGGCGGACAAAAAAACUCAUUUAGUCUCCAGACUCCAUGGAAGAGCAUCAAACCCUGAAGAACCGACAGAAACUGUUUAUUCCAACAUUCACAUGCCUCCAUCUUCUCCUCCACCCACCUCUGACCCCUACAGCCCUACAGCUUCACGCGGGAAAAAUACUCCUAAAUCUUCUGAGGCUGAGAUUAUCUACACCACAGUGACAAUCAAACCCAGAGACCGGAGAGCAGCACAACACAAAAACUCCUGGUCUAAAGGCAGAGAAGACGACAGCUCUGUGAUCUACUCCUCGGUCGUCAAAUCCAGCAGAUGAUUCGUCUCCUGACAACAUCUUUGUUUUAAAAUACAUACCCAACACGUUUCGGGAGAAAGAGGCAUUAAAAGCUAAAGAAUUCAGAAUUUUAGUCAAAUAUAGUUUUUAUUUAUUUCUUUUAAUAUUAAAUUUGGUGAUUAAAAAAACUGUUGCUAAAACUGUUAAAACUAUAUUGUGAUUAAAAAAAUUUUUAUGUCAUUUUUGGACAGCAUAAACCACAUCAUGUCUAUUCUGCACACCUGUAAAUAUUGUAUUUGAAAAUAAAUCAUAUUUAUUGUGAUUUUGACUCUUUUUUUCAGAAAACAUUCAAUGUAGCAAUAUGUUUAUCAAAUUUGAAUUAAAGAAAUGAACAAUUUUCAGUGAAUGAAAAGGAAACUAUAUUCUGCCUUCAUCAGUCUCAGAAAACGACCAGUUUAUUAUUUAUGAUCAAAAACUAUUUAUAUUUACAACUUGCUCUCAGGACACACACACUGAUAAUUCCACUGUUUUUUGCAUAUUAGGUUAUGUCACUUUUAUUUCUAAAAGGUAUAAAACGUCAUAAUAAUGCAUUAUUUGGUAAAUGAAACACAAAGAGGAACAAUAUUACCUUGCUAAAAAUAUUUUUUUGUUUAUGGUUUUGUGGUUCAAGUUUAAUAUGACAGUUCUGGGAAUAU